AUGAACCCGCCAACACUGCACUGGCAGCAUGGCAGGCCGAUUGACUCUAAUGUUGAACAGUCGCCUGUAUGGCGAAUGACAGGGAUUCGUCGCCAGGCAAGCAUAAAUGAUGAUAUUUUGGUGGAAAAAGUUGAUCACUUUAUUGCCCGAAAUUUUGCGAAAAUUGUUGACGAGAGUCCAGAAUUCACUUUAUUGCCGUGCAUUAAGUUGCGUUUAAUUUUGGGCGUCAAUGAUGCAAGGCGGCCAUGUUGUGACGAGGAUAUUGCCAAUCGUGCCCUGCAGUAUUUUCAAACUCUCCCACAUAGUUUCGAACGCAUUGAGCAAUGGAUUGAGCAGCUUGCUGAAAAGGUGUGUUUCUCUCAGUCCAUUAAGGAAAUGCUGUAA